AUGCUGUUGCGUUUAUUGCAAUUGAGAAUUCGUCGCUUGGGUUCAACAGAGAGCACCAGCAAUAACUCCAAAUUACAUUUUAAAGAUUGUUAUGAGGAAAUUAUAUCAGUUAUAAAAACUCAUCAGCGGCUUAUCAAAUAUGGCAGUGAUCUGGAAAAUGCCUUUACGAUAGUUAAUCUCAUCAACGUGCUCCUAAGCUCAGUAGACAUUUGCUGCGUCGUAUUUAACAUAAGCUCAGCGUUAUGCAGGUCUCAAAAGCCUCUUUAUUUUACGGCGCUGAAAUUUAGUUGUAUAACGAUGACUACAUAUACCUCGAUUCUUACAAGCUCCUAUUCUUACUUCACUCUCCUCUACACUGUAUAUUUAAGUGAU